AGGCCGAUAGCAUUCCAGAGUGUGUUUUCUCCUUGGUGUAUGGGGCCCUUUAGCUUUGAUUUUUAGAUGUAGAAACCUGUAAUUUCACAAGUUUAGACAUAACCCAACAUAAACAAAACAAGCAUAACCUCAUUUUAUUUUUGAAGAGAGGAGACUCGUUUAAGCAAGAGAAUUUUAAUAUUUAAAUUUUACCUGUUUAAGGUAUAUUAGUAAUAAUUACAGUGGCUUAAAAUGUUUUCCUCAAAGCUUAUUUUAUCAGUAGCACUACAGAGUGGCAAUAAAUCAGGAGGCCCUUUAAAUAUUUUGAAAAGACUAGCCUCCACUACACAACAGGAACCGGCUAGGUUAGAAAAGACAAUUAAUACUGUCACACUACUGGGUAGGGUAGGUGCUGAUCCUCAAAGAAAAGGUUCAGACGACCACCCCAUAGCAGUUUUUUCGCUAGCAACUCACACCAACUACCGAUACGAAUCGGGAGAAUUUUUACAAAGAACUGAAUGGCACCGAAUAGUAUGUUUCAAACCUGGCCUUAGAGAAACCGUGUUGAAUUUCCUGAAAAAAGGCCAAAGGGUGCACGUCACCGGUAAAAUUACUUAUGGGGAAAUGAAAGGAGAUGAUGGUAAUACAAAAACUACAACAGCUAUUGCUGCUGACGAUAUUAUAUUUUUUCAAACGCAACAGUAAUUUUUAAGGCUGAAUAACUAUUGCAUUUUUUUUUAAGUGGCAAGGAAUAUUUCUUUAUUAUAUUAUUUAGUGUUGAUAAGAUCUAAAACAGUAAUUUUGUAGUUAAUUUGGAAUAAUAAUUAUUGUUUUUAUCUACCAGUUCCUUCUAACGCUUUAUUUCAUGCAGUAUAUCUAUAUUUAAGUAUAUUAAGAAGAAGGCAAUUACAUCAAACCUGACCUCACAGAACUACAAAGAAAAUUCUGCAGAUUGCUUUUGCAAGAAUUUGAAAAUCGCUGUGCUGAAGGUGAAAGCAAACUGAAAAUUAAAUACUUUGGCUGUUUAAGAAUUGUUAAGGAUUAUGUUCAAGUACAAACCCAAAACAACAAACAAAAUAUUCAGUAGUAAUUUCAAAUUCAAAUAAAUUGCAAUAAUGUUCCAUUAUCGAUUGUCUAACUCUCUUUUUUGCAUUUUAAGUCCCUGUAUCUAAUGCUCCAUUUUUCUGGAUCAUUCCAGUAACAUGGUCUAUUUAUGAGAGUGUAAAAUGACAUACAUACAUAUUGCUGACAAAAACGAUGGAGCCCAAAAUGCGCCCUCGGAGGUUUCCUAUAUUGUUCAAAACCUUCGAAAUGUAUAACUUCCAUUCCCUGGAGACAAAAUUUAGAAAUAACUUAUUUUCUAUGAAAAUAUGUAGUAAUUGUGAAUUUGAAAACAGCCGAUUCAUUUUCCCUUGAGAAAAUGCUAAAUAGGAAUUCAACUAAGUAGUUUUGAGAAAAUUGAGUUAAACCUGUAAGUUUAUUGGUUUCAUAAGGGCUUUAUUCAGCUUUAAAUAUUCCUUAAAUUGUAGUUUCUUGAUUCAGGUUCCUGUCAUUUAAAUUAUUAUAUAUUUUGAAGGUAUUUUUUUUUUUUUUCAUACACUACGAAGCCCAAUAUGUUUUCAGGGAUAAAUACAACUUGUGUAACUAUCCAAAGCUUUUUAUUUCUUACAGCGAUAUUUUUAAUUACUUAUUUAAACCACUUAAAUUAAAAACCUCUUAAACAACAAUCAAAAAUUAAAAAUGAGAUAAAUCAACUACAAAUUUCACUGAAGUUAUAUUUUGAUGAAAUUGUCAUCAAUCAACCAAUUAAAAUUAAACCAUUUUUAAAUUGAUAGAAUUGAAAACUAACAAUUAAUUAUUAUUUUACAACUGACCCAUAGAUCAGUUGCAUCACAGAUAUACAACAAAAUAAAAUUAAUUAAAUACAAUAAAUAUUUUAAUAUUCUAAAAAAUUACCAUAUGGAAUUAGUUUUUAACAAAAAAAAAAAAUCACAAAAUCAGUUAAUAAUUAUUGAUACCUAUAUACAACAAAUUUGCACCUUCGAGUUAUUUAAAAAUAGUUCAGUUUUGUGUGAAAUAAAUGUGUAGAUUUCAACUUGGAGGGUGAAAAAUUAAUAAAAACGAACAACUAGCUAUAAUUUUUUUUCAAACAAAAAAUUAUAUUUCCAUAUGAAUUUUAUCCCAGUGGUCAUUUUUCAAAAAUUUUCUCUCAAAUUAGAAAAUAAAAAUGUGAAUUUAUUGAACGAAUCCAUCCACCAAGCAUCUCUAUCUUGUGCCAUCUGUGAAAGUGUGUGCGGCUCCAGAAUUGGUUUAAUAAGAAUAGAAUAGAAGAUAAUCAUACUUGGUAUCGAGUGAUUGCCUAUGAUGAUCACAGAAAUAUUACCUACCCCUUUUGAACAAACAUGUCCCAACUUUUAUUUUAUUUUUUUUUGGUUUAAAAGUUAUAGCCCAUUGUUUGUUUUUAAAUUAUUGGCAACCUGUAGAACCCUGCUUGAAAAAAAAAAAAAAACUUAUCCACAACAACAAAUUAUUUAUAACAAUAUCAAAAAUUUUAAGAGCAAUUAACAAUAAUAAUUAUAACAACCAAAAAUAAUCCUUUUCCUGCUUUAUUGUUGCUUAUUUCUGACUUAGAAAUAAAUAAAAUAUAAUAUACAUUUUUGUACAAACAUAAUAUAAAAUGAGACUCAACAAAAACCAAAAUUACUUUUGUGCUUACAAUAAAUUAUUAAUUUUUCGUAAAGAUAAUCAUAGUUUUUAUGGAAUAACUUCAUGCCUGGGCCGAGAUUCUAAAAUCACGAUUCGACAACGAGACGCAACUCGAUACCGGACCAGUCGUCUCGAAAUGUAUGAUUCCAAUGAGAUUUCUAACCUAGGAGUCGUAUGUCGAAUCAUGAUUUUAGAAUCCCCGGCCGGAUGUAUUAGGUUUGUUCCAAGCCGCCAAAAAACCGCCCCAACUUCGGAACUUACUCUGUAUACGAAUUUUACAUUUUGUGCAGAAUUCUCAUAGUGAAAUGUAAAGUUGCGAUAAAAAAAAAAGUAGUACAAAAAUUAUUAACCCCAAUUUGAGCUCCCGGUGUAACAUACAAAAUUUUGACAGGCAAUGACAUAUUCUAGGUUAAAAACGGGUGGAAAAAUGUCAAAAUAAUGUCAUCUGAAGCUUUCUAGGUUAAAAACUUGUUGAAAAAUGCCAAAAAUAUGUCAUUUUUGGUUAUGAAUUAAAUUAAUUUAUAAUAGACCAGGAGAUUUUGGAGAUUUAUCUUGUACUACUUUUUUUUUAUCGCAACUGUACGGUUCCCUCCUGGGUUGGAACAAAGCUAUACAUAACAAGGGGAGAUGAUUAUUUUUAACAAAUUAAACUGUAUGAUUAACUUCAAAAUUCAAUCAAAAUACUCCAGGAGCUGUCUCUACUAAUAUAAUACUUAAUCAGUUCUUUAUCCUAAUGCAAAUUCCUAUCAAUAACAGCUUCUAUCACAAUAAUAAUGAAAUAAAAUAACAAAGCAUCCUAAAUAAAUUAUUUGAGAUUGUCUACUCGAUUUUAUUAAAUAAAAUUGAUUCGAUGUGAAAUAAAAAAUUAAAACUCUUUUCUAUUGAAAAAAAAUUAAAAUUAUUUUAAAUAUUUCACAAAAAAAAAAACUCGUUUCUUAUCUAAAAAAGUCGAGGCGAAUGCAAACCGCUUGUCUGAUGGUCCAAUUCGGGAUCGUGACAGGCACCGAUCGGGCCCCAAUCGUACAAAGUGUGCGAAUUCGCUAAUCUAUGAGUUAAUCUGUGCGCUAUCGAAAAACCACCGCUACCUUCCAGCUGUGUCAAUACAAUAAUAACCUGAAAAUUAACUAUUUUCAAAAAAAUAUAAAUUUGUUAGUGGCACAAAUUACAACUGUAACUGAAACCACAUUAUUUUUUCACAAAGAAAAGUAGGUACAUUUACCUGUCUAGUAAGUGGUGGCACAGAAUCCACAGUUUUCAAAGUCCCUCUUGUCGAAACUACGUUAUAACUCUCCUGGCAAUCGCAUUUCACGUGAAUCCACUUGUUUUCGUGCCUGUUUUCGACCAUCACGACCAAACCGGCCCAGCCUUUGGUCAAAUAAUACGCCGUCAUUCCUUCUCUACCUUCGUGCCGUUGCCCUCUGGCUAACGUUAGAGAUAUUAUUGAAUCGGCUAGGAUGUUGUUCGGAGGCUUUAUGUGUUCGGCAAGCAGUUUUUUCGAACUGUGAAUACCUAGAACGUACCUGAAAAAACAAUAA